UUUUUCAAAUCACAAAGUAGCUGCCUUUGUAGUUAUCUACUGUUGAACUGAAGUGUAAAUUAAUUAAAGUUUUUAACCCUAACAAUGUCAAAAACUAAAACUAGAAUUUUGAUUGGUUGCUGUACCGGUUGUUAAUUCCCUAGCCAUUCAAACUCCUCCCCACGACACUCUGAAGCAGCGACGACACAGCGGGAAGAAUGAUGUGGAAACAAUCAUGGAAUUUUUUUCCCCCUUUGGGGUCACAGUUAGUAAGUGGUGGAGGAGUGACAGCAUCUUGGAAGUCAGUCUUUGUAUUCAAGGCAGCAGAGCUGGAAGUUAGUACCACAUCCCCAUCCCUACCCCGACCCACCCCAGUUAUAAAGAUGAUAAAUCGGAAAAUGUUUAUAGGAGGCCUUAGCUGGGACACUACAAAGAAAGAUCUGAAGGACUACUUCUCCAAAUUUGGUGAAGUUGUAGACUGCACUCUGAAGUUAGAUCCUAUCACAGGGCGAUCAAGGGGUUUUGGCUUUGUGCUGUUUAAAGAGUCGGAGAGUGUAGAUAAGGUCAUGGAUCAGAAAGAACAUAAAUUGAAUGGGAAGGUGAUUGAUCCUAAAAGGGCCAAAGCCAUGAAAACAAAAGAGCCUGUUAAAAAAAUUUUUGUUGGUGGCCUUUCUCCAGAUACACCUGAAGAGAAAAUAAGGGAGUACUUUGGUGGUUUUGGUGAGGUGGAAUCCAUAGAGCUCCCCAUGGACAAAUCCAAUAAGAGGCGUGGAUUCUGCUUUAUUACCUUUAAGGAAGAGGAACCAGUGAAGAAGAUAAUGGAAAAGAAAUACCACAAUGUUGGACUUAGUAAAUGUGAAAUAAAAGUAGCCAUGUCAAAGGAACAGUAUCAACAACAGCAACAGUGGGGAUCUAGAGGAGGAUUUUCAGGAAGAGCUCGUGGAAGAGGUGGUGGCCCCAGUCAAAACUGGAACCAGGGAUAUAGUAACUAUUGGAAUCAAGGCUAUGGCAACUAUGGAUAUAACAGCCCAGGUUACGGUGGUUAUGGAGGAUAUGACUACACUGGUUACAACAACUACUAUGGAUAUGGUGAUUAUAGCAACCAGCAGAGUGGUUAUGGGAAAGUAUCCAGGCGAGGUGGUCAUCAAAAUAGCUACAAACCAUACUAAAUUAUUCCAUUUGCAACUUAUCCCCAACAGGUGGUGACGCAGUAUUUUCCAAUUUGAAGAUUCAUUGAAGGUGGCUCCUGCCACCUGCCAAUAGCAGUUCAAACUAAAUUUUUUGUAUCAAGUCCCUGAAUGGAAGUAUGACGUUGGGUCCCUCUGAAGUUUAAUUCUGAGUUCUCAUUAAAAGAAAAUUUGCUUUCAUUGUUUUAUUUCUUAAUUGCUAUGCUUCAGAAUCAAUUUGUGUUUUAUGCCCCUCCUCCCCAGUAAUGUAGAGCAAAGUCUUGUGUUAAAAGCCCAGUGUGACAGUGUCAUGAUGUAGUAGUGUCUUACUGGUUUUUUAAUAAAUCCUUUUGUAUAAAAA